AUGGCUUACGAAGGAGCGUACCAGACACCACAACGUGCCUACACUGGGCCAGCGCCGCCGCGGCAGAACCCCGCCCCCGCCCCAAUGCAGGGCCCUGGACCAUAUCCACAACAGGGCUACGACAACUACCAAGGUGGCCAGGGCUACGAAUACUAUGACGAUGGAAGCGGCGGUUAUGGGCCCGAGUAUGGCCAGCAAUACCAAGACCCCGGCUAUGGUCAGGCACCCCCGCAAGAUCAGAGAUUCCCCCCUCCAAGGCAGGAUUAUUACGGCCAGCCUCCCCCGAUGGCCGGCGGUCGAGGUGGACCUGGUCCAUUACCACGCGCCCAAACGAUGGGGAAUAUGAGAAACGGUCCAUACCCCCCACGCGGAGGAGGCCAACCUCCUGGACCUGGUCGGGGCUUCCCAAAUGGCCCUCCAAGGGGUGGCGGCCCUCCCGGCGCAUACGGUAGGGGACCGCCGCCACCGAUGGAUCUGUCUCAAGGUCAAGGCGGGCCACCCAUGAAUGGUAUGAAUGGUGGCAUGAGAAGUCCUGUGAAUGGCAGAUUUGGUGGCAAUCAAUAUCCCCCGAACCCCAACCAACCAAGAAGAAACGACUACGAUGAAGCACAGUUAUCGAAUCAAAUGGCCGGGAUGGAUAUUUCGCAAAGACCAGGCAUGCCAAUGAGUCGGAACAGCGACGGUUCUCAAAGAAGCAUGGUGCGACCCCCCGACGGAGGCCUUCCUCCCCCCGGACCUCCUCUUGGCUUCGAAGAAGGACGGCGGGGUUCCGAGCCUGCCCCGAAUCCCUACCAAGGACCUCCUGGUGGGCCUGGGCCUGUAGAUCCUAACCAAGGAUAUGCCGAUCCAGGAUACGGUCCCGGACCACGAGGACCGCCAGGAAAUGAAUACGGGCCGCCUUCGAGAAGUAUGACGUUGCCAGUAAAUGACCCUAUGCAACCACGACAGAACCAAAUGGGCCCUCCCCAACGAAUGGGACCGAUGCCGUAUGGACCUGGACCCAAUCGAGGAAUGCCCCCGCCACCAAGGCCGGCGACAUCCCAAGGUCAGCGGCCACCCCCACAAAGAAUAUAUCCCAACCAAGGUCCUCCACCCCAGGCCGGAUACGGCGCCGGGCCUGGCUAUGGUAACGGACCUCAGCACCCAGCGAGGCAAGGCUCUCGCGCUUCGUACGAUGACAUAUUUGACAGCUACGGCGACUACGGCCCCCCUCCGCCCAAUUCCUCUAAUGAUAUGCCGAACUUCGACGCUAUUCCCCGCCAUGGACCCCAGAGUUCCAUGGAUCUACAUAUGCGUCCCGGCGGUCUACCAAAUGGUCCAGGUCCCGGUCCGCAACAACCAGGACUCAACCUACCUCGUACCAAAUCUCAGCCGAACCUCCGUAAUGGCCAGGACACAAUCUUCGAGAUGCCCGGGGAUGCGCCACCAGUGCCUGCACUGCCACCUGGUCAGUUCGGCGGCGCUCCAGGUCAGCCGAUGCCGAUGCGUCGCCCCAGUGCCUCCGGCCUCCCUCCUGGUCCCGCAAGCAUGAGGGGCGGUCCCCCGGCUGGUCUACCACCCAACCCUUCGCCGCCUCAACAAGCUAACCCAGACGCACUCCCUUCACACCCUACCCCCGUUCGACCAGGACUCAUGGCCGAUUCGGUUGUAAGCGUAACAAAUAGACCCCCUCCUGUGAGGACGUACGGUGGCGCAUCACCCGCACCUAUGAUGAGUAACAGCGGGCCCCCUUCAAGCGCACCCCCAUCCGAACUACCUCCAGAUCCGGUGACAACUGAGGAACUCGAGCGCCUGAGGGUCAUUGUUAAGGCGGAUCCGAAUGACCAAGAGACGGCGCUUAGAUUCGCAAAGAGACUUGUAGAAGCUUCCGAGGUGCUGAUCCCGAACGUUGCCGACCCCAAGACGAGAGCUAGGUCACGCGAUAGAUACCUCGCGGACGCGCACAAGGUUCUGAAAAAGCUAGCAAGUGCGCAAAAUAGGGACGCGAUGUUCUUCCUGGCCGAUUGCCUCGGAAGGUCACUGUUCGGCAAUGAGGCAGAUAACAAGGAGGCAUUUACCCUCUACCAGUCCGCCGCGAAGCUGGGCCACGCCGCUGCCGCCUACCGGACGGCAGUAUGCUGCGAGAUCGGCCAUGAGGACGGCGGUGGCACGAGGAAAGAUCCGCUCAAGGCCAUACAGUGGUACAAGAGGGCAGCCACGCUUGGUGACACGCCGGCGAUGUACAAGAUGGGUAUGAUUCAGCUCAAGGGUCUGCUCGGUCAACCCAAGAACCCGCGCGAAGCCAUCGGCUGGCUUAAGCGGGCAGCCGACCAAGCAACGGUGGAGAACCCCCACGCCCUCCACGAACUCGGCCUGUUGUACGAGUCAGCGCAACCCAACGACGUGAUCAUCCGGGACGAGAAGUAUGCAUUCUCGCUCUUCAAGAAGGCCGCCGAGUUGGGGUACAAAUUCUCGCAAUUCCGUCUCGGCUGCGCCUACGAGUACGGCCUCAUGGGCUGCCCUAUCGAUCCGAGGCUCUCGAUCAUGUGGUACUCCAAGGCGGCCAUGCAGGAGGAGCACCAGUCCGAGCUCGCCCUCAGCGGCUGGUACCUCACCGGUAGCGAUGGCGUGCUAGCGCAGAGCGACACGGAGGCGUACCUCUGGGCGAGGAAGGCGGCCAUGGCUGGCCUGGCUAAGGCGGAGUAUGCUAUGGGCUACUUCACCGAGGAUGGCAUCGGUGUGCCUGCCAACAUGGAAGAUGCGAAGAGGUGGUAUUGGCGAGCGGCCGCCCAAGAUUUCCCCAAGGCCAGAGAGCGCCUUGAAGACCUCAAAAAGGCAGGCAAGAGCGGACCAAGACAGCGCGAGCGUAUCUCUCGAAGCAAGAUGGGCAAGCAACAGGAAGGCGAAUGCGCCGUCAUGUGA